GGAGGCUUGACUUCACUUGAAUGUUGUAUCGCUUGGGUUAUUGUUUCACAUAGCUUAAAUUUCUCUCCCCCAGCCCAUAUGUCUUCUGACCUUUACAGGCCUUAGAACGUGCUUGCUAAACACAACCAAACCAGAAUGAGGAGUGGUGGAGUUCAAGAGACUCAGGAACGUAAGAGGAAUGCACAGCACAGGGUUGUUAUGGAGACCAAGUGAGUUAAUGCAUGUAUGUAAAAGGACACACAGAACAAACAGUGUGCAUAGCACAUGGUAAGUGCUCAAUAAAUGUUAACGGUGAAGGCAUAACAGAUUUGGGAAGACUGGGGGAGGAGGGGACAGACAGGGGCACCGCAUUGCCGCCUCUGCUUCUUGGCCGAUGGGUGCUGGGACAUGGAGUCCCCAGCUUGUGCUGCUGACGCCCUGUGGUGGCUAGCCGCUCUUUAGACACCAGACGCUGCCUUCCACUUCCUCCUCUCACUUCUUAUUCGGGCACCACUGACGACAGAGACUUCGGCUGGGCCAUUCCCGCCUCUCCUACCGCCUGGCAGCCAUGGUAACAGCCUGGGGGAUGGUCCCUAAGAUGGGGUCAGAGAUGGCUGAGCAUGGCCAUCCCCUGAGCCCUGAACUCCCACUCAGCCUGGGCUCAUCCCAACCUCCUGAGUCAAGUCCAUAGUAAGCGUCUGUCUGCUGGGAAGGGGGAUCUGAACCCGGCAUCAGGAGCUGAGGAAAGGUGUUUCCAGCAGGGAUCACUCAAGCCCCUCGGAGGGGACAGGCCAGAACUAAGCCUACUGCUUUCAGGAUUUCCACCUCUUCCCUUUCUCCUAGACGUGCGAACAGGGGGCAGCCUCUUUCGGAUCUUCUGGGGCAGCUGUGUCAAGGGAAAAUCCUGGGCCCUCUCACUCCCUGGGGGCUUCUGCGCAGCGAGUUCAGGGAGCCUCCUCCCUCCUCCGUCGGGCCUCCACCCCGCCUCCUGCGCAGCCCCGCUGCCGCUCUCCUUGCCCUAGAGUCUCCUGCAGCCCCUUGGAUGCCCGUGACUCUCCCUACCUCCCCGACUCCCCAGGCUUCUUACAGUGACCUUUUACCGUGCCCCCCUCCAUGAAUCGCCAGAGCUAUUCGUCCCUAAAUUUCAAACCUUUCGCAAUGUCCCUUCACAGACCCCUCCAGGUAUCACGUAGCCCCGAGCCCCGCCCCGGGGGCCUCAUCCCGCCCCUUCGCGUCCGCGGCUCGGUUUCCCCCACUGAGCGCGCAGCUCCCGCAGCUUCCUCGGCCGUCGAGCGCCGUGGGCGGGUCUCCAGGGCGGCUGCGCCCCGCGGGGAGGGUCCUGCGUCUGGGGGCGAGGCCACCCGAGGCAGCUCCCCGCCCGCCCCCAACCCCGCCCCGCUCUCGGAGCCUAUAAAGGGAGGCGACCCGCGGCCCGCCCGGCUGGCAUCCCCCAGCCGCCGCCAGCCCCGCCGAGCGGAGCCAGCGCAGUCUCUGAGGGGCGCCCGGCGCCGGAGCCAUGACCCUCCGCCGACUCAGGAAGCUGCAGCAGAAGGAGGAGGCGGCGGCCACCCCGGACCCCGCCGCCCGGGCUCCCGACUCGGAAGUCGCGCCCGCCGCUCCGACCCCGACCCCGGGACCCCCUGCCGCAGCCGCCACCCCUGGGCCCCCAGCGGACGAGCUGUACGCGGCGCUGGAGGACUAUCACCCAGCCGAGCUGUACCGCGCGCUCGCCGUGUCCGGGGGCACCCUGCCCCGCCGAAAGGGCUCAGGAUUCCGCUGGAAGAAUCUCAGCCAGAGUCCUGAACAGCAGCGGAAAGUGCUGACGUUGGAGAAGAAGGAUAACCAGACCUUCGGCUUUGAGAUCCAGACUUAUGGACUUCACCACCGGGAGGAGCAGCGUGUGGAAAUGGUGACCUUCGUCUGCCGAGUUCAUGAGUCUAGCCCUGCCCAGCUGGCUGGGCUCACACCAGGGGACACCAUCGCCAGCGUCAAUGGCCUGAAUGUGGAAGGCAUCCGGCAUCGAGAGAUUGUGGACAUCAUUAAGGCAUCAGGCAAUGUUCUCAGACUGGAAACUCUAUAUGGGACAUCAAUUCGGAAGGCGGAACUGGAGGCUCGUCUGCAGUACCUGAAGCAAACCCUGUAUGAGAAGUGGGGAGAGUACAGGUCCCUAAUGGUGCAGGAGCAGCGGCUGGUGCAUGGCCUGGUGGUGAAGGAUCCCAGCAUCUACGACACGCUGGAGUCGGUGCGCUCCUGCCUGUACGGCGCGGGCCUGCUCCCGGGCUCGCUGCCCUUCGGGCCUCUGCUCGCCGUUCCCGGGCGUCCCCGCGGAGGCGCCCGACGGGCCAGGGGCGACAUCGACGACGCCGUCUACCACACGUGCUUCUUCGGGGACUCCGAGCCGCCGGCGCUGCCGCCCCCGCCGCCCCCGGCCCGCGCCUUGGGCCCGGGCCCCGCCGAGACCCCUGCCGUGGGGCCGGUCCCCGGGCCGCGGGCCGCGCUGAGCCGAAGCGCCAGUGUGCGGUGCGCGGGCCCUGGCGGGGGCGGAGGCGGGGGCGCGCCGGGCGCGCUGUGGACUGAGGCCCGCGAGCAGGUCCUAUGCGGCCCCGGCCUGCGCAAAACCAAGUACCGCAGCUUCCGCCGGCGGCUGCUCAAGUUCAUCCCCGGACUCAACCGCUCCCUGGAGGAGGAGGAGAGCCAGCUGUAGGGGCGGGGGCGGGCAGGGAGGUAUUUAUUUAUUUAUUCGCAACAGCCAGCACUAAAAGAGGGGGAGGCCGAGCCAAGAGGACCCCAGGAGCCCAGAGCAGCGGGAGAGGGUCCUUGCUAGCCUCGGCCCGCCGGGUCGGUUCCUGGCUGGUGUCUGCUGAGGGAGUUGGGGGCCCAGCCCCUCCUCUUCUCCCCCCCCAAACCACAGUGGGAGCUGGAGCAGGGGGAGAGCCAGGCAAUCGGGGGCCAAAGAUGGGGGUGCUCGCCUACAGUCUGCAUCUGUAGUGCCUUGUGGGGUAUCCAGGAACACCCUCCCAGCAGGGGAUGGGAACCCUAUCCCAUGCAGCCCUCUCCUCAGCUUUACUUGCUCCCCCGCCCUUAGCCUUGGGGAGAAAUGGCCCGUGGUGGGCUGACCCCCCACCCUCCACACUCACAGUUCCAUGACCCAGCGGGCCCCCAGGGGCAUCAGGUGCUGGUCCUCCUCCCUCCUGGCCUCGACCCCUAAGGGCUUCGCCCCUCCCAGGGGCCUGUAACUAAGUCGGGUCCUGCCAGGCAGGGGGCCUGUGUUCUGUGCCCCUUGGGAGACAGGAACCGGCAAGUUCAGGUGGAGUGGGGACAGCACAGACUGUUCCACCGUUCAGCAUAUUGUUGCUUCUGAACCACAAACUGUAUAAAAUGGAUGGUUUUUUGCA